AUGACAUUGUACCCGGGCGUGGCCUUUGUGACUGGUGCAGGUUCCGAAUGGUACAGGAGCUUUACAAGGCAAGCUUCUUACACUGGAAUUUAUGGAGAUGCACUCACUCAUGUUAUUCUAUCUAACAACGCCCUAGGCAUCGGCAGGCAAACUGCCAUUUCCUUUGCGGCCGAGGGAUGCACCAAAAUCACCAUUGCCGACACCACCAACGCCGGGCUUCUGAGCACCCAGCAGGCCAUUGAAGCCAUCGCCCCCGAAGCGCACGUCCUCGUCGCCUCCAUGGACGUGCGCGUCGAGCAGGACGUCGUCCAAGCCGUCGCGGACACGGUCCAGCGAUUCGGCCGCAUCGACUAUGCAGUCAACUGCGCAGGCAUCUACGGCCCCGGAGCGGCCUCGCCAGACGUGGCGCCGUCUGACUUUGACGACGUCUUCGCCGUCAACGCGCGCGGCGUAUGGCUCUGCGCACGGGAGCAGACGCGCCAGAUGAAGACGCAGGAGCCGCUGCCGUCGCACGACGGCCGGCCGGGCUCGCGCGGCGCCAUUGUCAAUGUCGCCAGCAGUCUCGGCAUCUCACCGAUACCAGGCAAAACGCCAUACGCGGCGUCCAAGGCGGCCGUCAUCCAGAUGACAAAAUCGGAUGCCCUCGAUUGUUCUCCGUCCAACAUUCGCGUCAACGCCGUGGCCCCAGGCAUCACAGACACACCGUUUACCGCAGAGAUUCCCGACGAUGGCGAGGCGGUGCGCGCCAUGCCCGUCCCGCGCAAGUCUACGCCACAGGAGAUUGCAGACGUGAUUCUAUUCGCCGCCAGCUCCAAGGCGUCCUUCCUCCAAGGUGCCAUAAUAUCUGCCGACGGUGGACAUACCAUAUAG